AUGGCAUUCCAUGGAACUCCACGAUAUUCCAUGGAAUUUCAUGGCAUUCAAUGGAACUCCAUCACUACUUCAUGGAACUCCGUGGAACUCCAUGGCAUUCCAUGGAACUCCAUGGAUACUCCAUGGAACUCCAUGGCAUUCCAUGGAACUCCAUGGCAUUCCAUGGAACUCCAUGGAUACUCCAUGGAACUCCAUGGCAUUCCAUGGAACUCCAUGGAUACUCUAUGGAUACUCCAUGGAAGUUCCGUGGAAUUCCAUAGUGGAUUUCCAUCUAUUUCCAUGGAAUUCCAUGGAUUUCCACAGAUUUCCAUGGAUUUCCAUGGAUUUCCAUGGAA